AUGUUUGAAGAUGAAUGUAAUGUAAUUGUUUCUCUGAUUGAUUUCAAAUCGAAUGAUCAUGAUGAGAAAAUUGAUGAUCAUCACUGCCACUCACAAGAAUUAAUAUCAAAAGAAUUUGAAUGGCUUCGGAAGAUGUUUAAAAAACCACGAAUUGUUCCAUUUUCGUAUAAUUUUAAAAACUCUGGAUCUAUUGGCUUGCCCAAUUCAGAAGAUUAUGUGGAUAUUAAGAUUUCAUAUCGGUACAAUUGUAUUUUAGUUAUUACUUAUGAGAAAUUUGAAAUUUUUGAUAGAAAUUGUAAUUCAUUGAUUCAUGAAGUAACUUUUCAUGGUGCUCUAGUUUCAGUAAUGGAUGAUGUGAAUGAUGAAUUGUAUUUGAUUUAUACGGAUCAUAGUGAAGAGCCAACAAAGACUAAAAUUGUCAAGUUUAGAUUGGGUCCAUUAUUGAGAUGUAGUAGUUGGGAAGAUUGUGUUGUGUGGAGUAAGGAAACCAAUGUGAAUGCAUUUGGAAUUGAUAUUUUCAAAACAAACUCACAACGAUAUUUGAUAGUUGUUGAUAAUUUUACAGAUUAUUUAACUUUAUUUAAUUGUGAAAAUGGAAAUGAGGAAAGUGUCAAUUCCAAAAUUAAAUAUGGGGCAUUUUCAUUGUUAGUGAUUGGUGAUGAGGUGAUAAUUCCAUAUGGUGAUGAGGUUAUUCUAUAUCAAUUGGAAUUACAUGAAAUAGAUGAUGAAAACAAAUCAGUACCAUCACUCAAAGUUAUCAAAUCAAAAGAGUUACCAAAACCAUUUCGAUUUUAUGCAAUGGUUUAUGACUCUUCGAAACAGUAUAUCAUCCUUACUAGUACACUUACUAAUCUAGUUUUAGUUUUAAGGAAGAGUGACUUGGAAAUUGUAAUGGAGCACUUAAUUGAUGAGGAUGUUUCUGGAAUAUGUUUGGAUGAAACAUGUGGUGAAUUGUUGGUUGCUCGCUCCAAAUACAUAGCUAAAUUUAAAUAA